AUGUCUUCAAGACACAGUGUGUACAAAAAGAACAGUUCCAGUAACAAGCUUGCGGUCUACUUGUGCGCACGGGACAUCUUUGAUGACUUGCAAACUGUGGACCCGGUCGAGGGAGUGAUCACACUGGAUCGGGAGUUGCUUCGUGAUAGCAAAGUGUUUGCCCGUAUUCGUUGCACAUUUCGUUACGGAGAACAAGCUAUGGAUGAUGUGCUAGCGGGUGUGACAUUCUUCAAAGAGUUUUUUAUUGAGACUGUCCAAGUCUAUCCGCCGGAUCCGACCAAUCGAAUUCAACCCAAUGAGAUACAGACUCGGCUCCUGGAACGCUUUGGUGAAGCGGCAUCGCCGUUUCGAUUCAAGCUUCCACACGAUAUCCCAGUCUCAAUCUCAAUCCAGGCAGAACAGGGUGCGCUACCGGAAGAUCAGCCCCGUGGAAUCGAGUACAUGUUACAGGUAUUUAUCGGUAAUUCACCGACCUCACAUGUCAGCAAACGAAAUUCCAUUUCCCUCGGUAUUCGUCGUUUAACCUUAGCCACACCAGACCCCAGUGCCGGCCCGUAUGUGCGUGAAUUGGUUAAAGCGUUCCACUUUCACUCGGGUGAACUGCGUGUGAAAGCAGUUCUGCCCAAAGAUAUAUUCUUUCACGGGGAAUCGAUUCCAAUUGAAUUACAUGUGGACAAUCCAUCCAGCAAUACAGUGAGACGUAUUAAAUUUCAGCUGUAUCAGGUCACUGAGGUAACCUUGUUCAAACAACGCACCACACGAAUCAUUAUCAUGGAACAAGAGAGUGAAGAUGGAUUUCCAAUCAAUGCGCACAGUGCUGACUGGCAUCACAAAUUCAGUCUGAAGCCCUCGUUACAAGAAACCCGCCCUCAACCUGGACUGGCUUUGGAUGGAAAAUUGAAACACGAGGACACCACGCUCGCAUCGUCCACUUUAUUGAAAGACUUUCGUAAAAAAGAAGCACUUGGAAUGAUUGUGCAAUACAGUAUCCGUCUGAAAAUUGUCACCGGAUUCGGCGGUCGUGAUGUUGAACUGGACAUCCCGAUUACGUUGACACACAGACGAACACAACAGGAAUUGGUGAAAGCAGAGACCACGAACGAUUUAGUCAUUGAAAAGUUCAAACGCACCAAAGCGAGACGUCAAGAACAAUCCAUAGAUGAUUAG